CUCAGCCCCUGUCUACCUUGCUUUUUUGAGAUAGAGUUUCUCAACAGGAACUCAUCCGUCUCUAUCUCCCCAGCACUGGGGUUUCUAGCAUGCACUGCUGGGCUUGGCUUUUUAACACGGAUUUGGAGCUGGAACUCUGGUUCUCAAGUUUCCCAACUGAGCUUUCUUCACUCCCCUGUGCCUGUGCGUGUGCGUGUGCGUGUGUGUGUGUGUGUGUGUGUGAGAGAGAGAGAGAGAGAGAGAGAGAGAGAGAGAGAGAGAGAGAUCGUGGGGAUUGGACCUAAGGUGUCACAUGUGAAAGGCAGGUGCUCUACCACUGAGCUGUACCCCAAGACCUUUCUCAUUCAUUCUGUAAGAAGCCCAGGCUGGUGGUCUUGAACCUGCUAUGUGGGCUACACUGACUUUAAAUUUUACAUCCUCUCAACUCAGCCUCCUGAGUAGCUGGGAUUAUAGGCACAUACCACUAUGCCUGGCUAGCAAUGGGACACGUGAAGUGUGACCACAUUACCAGAUACAUGGGCUUCAUAGACUGUGUAUCACUGUCUGAAGUAGGUGAUCUCUGAAAGGUUAUUAUUGAUAGAUAUUUGGUCAUCCUUAGUUGAGUAUAGAGUUCCCUUAAAGAUUCAGAAGAGAGUUGCUGGUUUCCAGGUCACAGCUUUCAUCAGGUGCCAACAUCGAAUCUCUACUGGGCUUGGAGUUAUAAAUGAAGUAGCCACACUUACAUAGAAAAGUCUUGGGUUCGAAUGUAGUGAAGUGUUUCAGUAGCCUGUCUUCAUAUUGUUUUAUAGUAGCAACUGGGGCAUGUGCACAAAAUGAGCCGCUUCUGGUUUCUUGGGGUACAUUCUUUGUUCUCUUGGUUUUGUUCUCUCUGUCAUAGGAUGGCAGUAGGUCUGUGUGUGCAGGUGCUGUGCAGCCUGGGUGGCUGGCUCUCACUCUAUACAUCUUUCUGCUGCCUGAACAAGCACCGAAGCUGUGAGUGGAGCUGUCGGCUGGUGACCUUCACCCACGGAGUCCUCUCCAUAGGUCUGUCUGCUUAUAUAGGCUUCAUCGAUGGCCCUUGGCCUUUUACCCACCCAGGCUCACCGAACACACCUCUCCAAGUUCAUGUUCUGUGUCUUACCUUGGGCUACUUCAUCUUCGACUUGGGCUGGUGCAUCUAUUUCCAGUCCGAGGGUCCCCUGAUGCUGGCUCAUCACACACUGAGCAUCCUGGGGAUCAUCAUGGCCCUAGCACUUGGGGAGUCAGGCACAGAAGUCAAUGCUGUACUCUUUGGAAGUGAGAUCACCAACCCGCUGCUCCAGAUGCGAUGGUUUCUCCGGGAAACUGGCCACUACCACAGUUUCACGGGGGAUGUGGUGGACUUCCUCUUUGUGGCUCUGUUCACUGGUGUGAGGAUUGGUGUGGGCGCUCAUCUCCUUUUCUGCGAAAUGGUCUCACCCACCCCCAAGUGGUUUGUGAAGGUUGGGGGUGUGGCAAUGUAUGCUGUGUCUUGGUGCUUCAUGGUUAGCAUCUGGCGCUUUGCGUGGAAGAAAAGCAUCAAGAAGUACCAUGCGUGGAGAAGCAGACGGAAUGAGGAGCGGCAGCUAAGACACAAUGGGCAUCUCAAGACACACUAGUCAAGGCUUGUUCCCAGUCAGUGGAUUGGAUUGAAUUGGUCAUAGGACCAGGGUCAGAAACAGAGCUGAGCUUAUAGGGCUUAGAAAGCGAGCACUUAGGUUUCAAAAAAGGGCUAAAGGUAUGGUUAUGACUUCAGUCAGUUUCCAGGCUAAGCAUAUGCAGUCUUGAAACACCUUCUCCUGUAGUGGCACUUGUACACCCUCAGUGAUGAUUGACAAGUGGGCAGAACUGUUUAGUGAUGACCACUGUCACUUGUUUUUUGGGUCCCCAUGUUCAUUGGAGACCUUGAUAUUCAGACAGCUCUGAAAAGAACUUGAGUCAAAUCAGUGCUGUUUCUUGUUCUUUUGGAAAUAACUCCUUCCCCACACUUACUCCUGAUUUCCACGAGACAUUUUAAGUAUGUUCAUCUCAUGUAAAGGGAGGGACUCUCAGGAAGGGGCAUGGGUCAGGCAUUCAAGUAUCUGUGAAUGGGAGCUGUUAUGCCAAGAGGGACAGAGAGGAGGGAGUGAAGCUAGCAAUGGCAGGAACUUCUCACUGCGUCUCCCUUCACUGACUGUGUCAGAGGUUACCAAGGACACCCUUGGCUUCCAUGAUUCAUCAAGAAGACUCGGGGCUUUCAUCUGCAAUGAUGAAAGGAUACGGAGAAGACUCAGCAAAGGGAAAAGAACCUUUGUCAAAGCUCAUGGGAUCUAAGCACUCGCUUCUAGUCUCUUGCUUGGAUAUACAGGAGUGAUUCACAACAACACACAUGAAAGUCAUCAAACACUUGGUGUCCCAAACUUUGAUGGCAGUAGGUCAUGUGCUUCUAAGUAGCAUGAGGCAACAUUCAAGAUUCCCCAAAGCGGUCAUUUGGCAUAAGCCAUAGUGUUUCAGAAACUGUUUAGGAACAGUGAGGCAAUCUUAACAGUUUCUGAUGGGAGCCCUCACCAACGUUACAAGCAGGCCUUUGCAAGGAUAGCAGCUCAGGGUUCCUGUGUUAACUCUGUGUGCACAGAAACUGUAGAGCUAGUGCUUCAGAUGCAAGAUGAGUGAGAUGUGGGUAGAUUUAGAUUUACUUGGUCCAGUUGUACGGGUUCUGCCCGACCAGGAAGAGUAUGCCAGUUCUCAGGGCUUUUGUGAAUUAAUCUGCUAGGCAUGAGAGGCCAUGGCUAAAUUCCACGGGGAUUUACCAUGUGGAUUCCACUGUACUUGAGAUGGAGUUCAGGUUUCAGCUCCUGGUACAUACUGCAAACUAGAACCAAAGAUUUUAAUGUAUGUGAUAGCCUCAGGUUCCUUCCUUCCUUCCUUCCUUCCUUCCUUCCUUCCUUCCUUCCUUCCUUCCUUCCUCCCUCCCUCCCUUCCUCCCUUCUUCCCUUCCUUCCUUCUUCCUCUACCUCCCUCUUUUCUUUCUUUUUCUUUGUUUUAGGUCCUCCCUCCCUUUUAAAUCACCUUUUCCCUUCUCCUGAGACACCGUCUUGCUUGUAUAGUUCAGGCUGGCCUUGAACUCUAUUCUUCCAGUUAAGCUUCCUCAGGGCUAGGAUUACAAUCCUGUGCCACCAUGCCUGGCUCCAAUGUAGGGCUUUAAUGGGGAAAAAAAAAGUAUUAUCUGUUUGUGUAUUUGUUAUCGUUCCUAUAUUAUUUAGAUCAAUGGUGACUGGUUAAUUCAGGUACAGGAGAUGGUGCUACUGAAGAAGCAAGGUCAGAGAGAAAUGUCAACCCAUUCUAUAGUCACUGGGGACACUAACCCAGUGAGCAGUAUUACCUACAAAAACCAGUCACAAGGGAAGUUGAAAACAUAGACAUUCUUGCAAAUGGAAAGGUCCUUUAACAGUAGCUAGAGAGGUAUCUUUUAGCUGUUGGGCUUUCAUUUUUGUUUUCUGGAUAGAUAACACCAUGCUUCCUUUUCUCUGAUUUGUGUCAUAGAUAUGUUGGUGUGUUCCUUUGAGAAGUCUUUUUUUUUUUUUUUUCCAGAGCUGAGGACCGAACCCAAGCAAAGCACUCUACCACUGAGCUAAAUUCCCAAUCCCUGGUGGUGGUGGUGUGUUCCUUUCCAUCAAAACUGUGGGCAGAACUGGAAACUGGGGAAUGCUGACUUCAGCAAAAACAGAGUCAAUAAGAGUGGCUUGGCACACAGGGAUAAAGAAAAAAACAAAACAAAACUGGCUUUUGUAUUUUGGCCCCGUGUAACCUGCUCCAGACCAGACAAGGGAGCAGGCUUAAUCUAAUUCAUGCUGGUUCCUUUCUCCCUCCCUCCUCAGAAGGAAAGGACUGUAGAUCUUUCUGUUUGAGGCAAACUCAAGCAAAUGCCUGAAGGUUUUUAUUUAUUUAUUUUUUGAUAACAAGGCACCUGAACGAGUAAGUGGGGAGGAAUUCCUCAUUUCAGCUCUUCUUGAUGGUCUAACUAGUAACUAUGAGGAAAUUCAGAGAUUAAAAACCUCGUGAAGAUGACUCAGCAGUUAAGAGGUUGCCUGUUUUUACAACCCAGGUAAAUGAAGGGCAGACUAGUGUGCGAUGUGUCCCCAGACACAAAAGGGGACACUUAUUUGCAUUUGAAUUACUGUGUAAUCAUCCCUGAUAUUGCUCAAGAAGGAUUUAUAUUUCAAUACGAUUUGUACUAACUUUUAUAAAAAUAAAAUAACUUUCUAUAAACCCAGAGUCUGCCUUCGUAUCUUUGUUGCGGUUUU